GGAAAUGUCCUUAUUUAAAGCCCGCGAUUGGUGGUCUACUGUCCUGGGAGAAAAAGAAGAAUUUGAUCAAGGCUGUUUGUGUUUAGCUGAUGUUGACAAUAGUGGCAAUGGACAAGAUAAAAUAAUUGUAGGUAGCUUCAUGGGAUACCUAAGAAUCUUUAACCCUCAUCCUGUAAAAACAGGUGAUGGAACCCAGGCUGAAGAUUUGCUUCUAGAAGUGCAUUUACGAGAUCCAAUACUUCAAGUAGAAGUAGGAAAAUUUGUUUCAGGUACUGAAAUGCUUCACUUGGCUAUUCUGCAUUCUAGAAAACUUUGCGUCUAUUCUGUCUCAGGAACAUUAGGUAAUGUGGAACAUGGAAACCAAUAUCAGAUCAAAUUGAUGUAUGAACAUAAUCUUCAGAGGACAGCCUGCAAUAUGACUUACGGACCAUUUGGGGGUGUAAAAGGCCGAGACUUAAUUUGUAUACAGUCCAUAGAUGGGAUGCUUAUGGUGUUUGAGCAGGAAAGCUAUGCUUUUGGGAGAUUUCUGCCUGGAUCCCUUCUGCCUGGACCACUUGCUUACAGUUCUCGCACGGAUUCCUUCAUUACUGUCUCCUCCUGUCGACAAGUGGAAAGUUACAAAUACCAAGUACUUGCUUUUGCAACAGAUGCAGAUAAAAGGCAAGAAACUGAACAGCAAAAACUUGGUUCUGGAAAAAGACUAGUGGUGGAUUGGACUCUUAAUAUUGGAGAACAAGCCCUUGAUAUAUGUAUUGUCUCUUUCAAUCAGUUAGCAUCUUCUGUUUUUGUUCUUGGUGAGAGAAACUUUUUUUGCCUUAAGGACAAUGGACAAAUUCGGUUCAUGAAGAAACUUGAUUGUAACCCAAGUUGUUUUCUCCCUUAUUGCUCAGUGUCUGAAGGAACAAUAAAUACUUUGAUUGGAAACCAUAAUAACAUGUUGCGUAUUUAUCAGGAUGUGACACUCAAGUGGUCUACUCAACUUCCUCACGUUCCUGUAGCAGUAAAAGUCGGCUCUUUGCAUGAUUUAAAAGGAGUGAUAGUCACUUUGAGUGAUGAUGGGCACUUGCAGUGUUCUUAUCUGGGGACGGACCCUUCUUUAUUCCAAGCUCCAAAAGUUGAAUCUAGAGAACUCAACUAUGAAGACCUUGAUAUAGAAUUUAAGGAACUACAGAAAACCAUCAAAGAUGUCAAUAGAACACAAGGUGUCUGGCCCAUGACUGAGAGAGAAGAUGACUUGACAGUUUCUGCCCUCGUUUCACCUAAUUUUGAUUCAGUGUCUCAAGCCACUGAUGUUGAAGUGGGAGCUGAACUCGUCCCUUCAGUCACAGUGAAGGUCACACUGCAGAGUCGACUGGCAUUGCAGAAAGCCAAAUUAUCAGUUUAUGUGCAGCCACCAUUAGUACUGACCUGUGAUCAGUUUACAUUUGAAUGCUUGGCACCAGAAAUGAAUAGAACAGUAGCCUUUUCUGUUUAUCUGAAAGGAAGUUAUCUACCAUCAGACUUGGAAGGAAAUGCUGUUGUUUCAUAUUCCAAACCAACAGAUCGAAAUCCUGAUGGUGUUCCUCGAAUCAUCCAAUGUAAAUUUAGACUUCCCCUGAAAUUAAUUUGCUCACCAGGUCAACCUUCAAAAAGUGCAAGCCACAAACUAACUAUUGAUACCAACAAACCUCCAGUCAGCCUUCUCAGUCUGUUCCCAGGCUUUGCUAAUCAGUCAGAUGAUGACCAAGUGAAUGUAAUGGGUUUUUGCUUCUUAGGAGGCUCCCGGGUCACUCUUCUUGCUUCAAAAACCUCUCAGCGAUAUCGAAUUCAGAGUGAACAAUUUGAAGAUCUUUGGCUUGUAACAAAUGAGCUUAUUCUCCGCCUGCAAGAAUAUUUUGAAAAACAGGGAAUUAGAGACUUCGCAUGCUCUUUUUCUGGUUCUAUGCCCCUUCAAGAAUAUUUUGAAUUAAUCGAUCAUCAUUUUGAGCUGCGGAUGAAUGGUGAAAAAUUAGAAGAACUGUUAUCUGAAAGAGCUGUACAGUUUCGGGCCAUUCAAAGACGACUGUUAACAAGGUUCAAAGAUAAAACACCUGCCCCGCUUCAACACUUGGACACCUUGUUAGAUGGAACUUACAAGCAGGUAAUGGCCCUAGCAGACGCCAUAGAGGAAAACCAAGGCCAUUUGUUCCAGUCGUUCACCAGGCUGACAAGUGCCACCCAUUUGGUGAUUCUGCUCAUCAGCCUGUGGCAGAAGCUUAGCGCUGACCAGUUUGCUAUUCUGGAAGCAGCAUUUCUGCCACUCCAACAGGACGCUCAGGAAUUGGGCUGGGAAGAAACUGUGGAUGCUGCUAUUUCUCACCUCCUGAAAACCUGCCUGUCGAAGAGUUCAAAGGAGCAGGCGUUGAACCUCAGCAGCCUACUCAGCAUCCCCAAAGACACGAGCCGGCUGAAGAAACAUAUCACCUUGCUCUGCGAUAGAUUAGCCAAAGGUGGACGCCUCUGCUUAAGUACGGAUGCUGCGGUCCCACAGACCAUGGUCAUGCCGGGUGGCUGUACUACAAUCCCAGAGUCAGACCUAGAGGAGAGAUCAGGAGAACAGGAAUCCACAGGACUGUUUACCAACCAUAAGCACCUGCUUGCAGACACACCUACACCUGAAGUUUCACCCCUCCAUGGAGUCUCGGAAUAA